AUGGCAGCACUGCGACAUCAAGAACCCUGAUGUUGUGAGAGGUAAACGACAAAGAAGAAGACCAACAUGGCGUCUGUGAGCAGCGAUGAGUGGAAAGCAGUUUGCGACAAAUUCACCAACGCCCAGAAUCUCACUGUUGUAGAAUCACGAAAUGACCCCGAAAACGACCCGUUCCGCUCCAAAUACAAGGCCAGGGAGCUCCUCAGAGAGAUAUACUGCUCGCUCAAGAGCUUCGAGGCCGGCGACGGUGAAGAGGAAAGCGGCGCAGAGAGCGGCGAACAGCGGCCGACAGAGCCGCCGGUGGACGGGCAGAGGGAGGACGGGCUCGCUCGGGGCUUCAGCGGCGACUCGCCGGCUGGGCUGCGGGCCGCUAAACUCGGGGCUGUCGAGUACUAUCUGGGCGUCAACCAUGUGGACACAGAGGAGCUGUCAGCCGGGCAGGAGCAUCUGAUGAACUGCAUGAAACUGCUCGAGAGAUGCAGUGUGUCGUCGGAGAACGUGUCGCUGUUUAUCCAUGCCAGGAACCAGUUGGGUAUCCUGUGGGCGGGCCGGGAUGAGACUGAGACGGCUCAGGGAUUCCUUGAAACAGCAGAAUCCAUCUACCAACGGUACAUGAAGGAGGACGGGACUCCACCUACCGACAUGACAGAGUACUUCACUACUGAGGAGAACCUGCUGACACAUCAGGAAAGGACCAAGAGGUUUGAGUUGGCCUACACUCACAGCAUGUACUACCUUGCUCAAGUCUAUAAAAACCUUGGUGAAACUGAGCGUGCUGCCAUCUACUGUCACAGCACCCUGCAGAGACAGUUACAGUUAAAUCAGUUCAGUCCAAUGGAGUGGGCUCUGAAUGCUGCUACACUAUCACAGUAUUACAUCACUAAGGUAGGGCCCAUGUUGAUUUACAUUUAUUCUGGUAACAAUGGCAGAGUUACACCUCAUAUGAAUUUUGUACUGUAUUGUAAGGAGCACAAAACCAGGAUUUCUGUAUGUAAAAAAAUAUAUAAAUAUCUGAUUGGAUGUGAAGUCCUUUAUCCUUUAUCCUCAUCCAGAAAGGUUUACAUUUAUAAAAAAAAUGCCCCAAGGGUUGAACCCACUGUUUGGUUUUUAACUGCUAAACAUGUUAAACUGUCUCCGUCCUUACACUCGUUCUUGCAGGCCAAGGACUAUUUCCAGAUGGACGGCUACGUGACGGACCACAUAGAGAUCUUGCAGGAUCACAGCGCUCUGUUCCGGGCCCUCGCUUUCUUUGAAGAGGAUCUGGAGCGACGCUGCAAAAUGCACAAACGCAGAGUUGACAUGCUAGAGCCAGUCUGCAAUGACUUAAACUCCCAGUACUACCUAAUGAUCCGCAGACAGAUGAUGUUUGAGUUGGCUGAGAUCUACAAUGAAAUGAUGGACCUGAAACUGACGCUGGCCAACAGACAAGCUGAUAGCGAGUCUCUAGAUAGCCACACCAUUAAGAAAUUCAACCAUCUCUGCUCUGCCUCUGCCAAAUACUUCCAGAUGUUCCUCGACUCUCUGUGUUCUCCAGAGGGGAAGCAACCAGAGCACCUGGAGGAGGAGGUGCUCAGACCGGCUCUGGUGGCCCGCUUCAGAGUGGCCCGACUCCACAGCCGCCUGAUCAGCUCUUCGCCCUCUGCUCAGCUGGAAAACCUCGACAAAUCUCUGGAACACUACAAAUACGUGGUGCAGUACUGUGAUGCCCACCCGGAGGCAACAGCCACUGUGGAGACGGAGCUGGAGCUGAGCAGAGAGAUGGUCGGCCUGCUUCCUCUCAAAAUCAACCGCCUCAAAGCAAAGAUGGUGGUAAACAACUGAAGGACGUCACUGUUCACUGACUGACGGCUCUCUAUUGGUGUUGCAUCUAAAUGAGCCAGUCCAUCUAAAUGUACCACCUUUAUAAUCCGUGUACACUCCCAAUAAUAAGAGAAACUGGAUGGCAGACUUUCUGGCUUAUUUAUGUAUUUUUUUGUGCAGUGGGUAUGCUGCUUACACAAGACCUUUGAACCCAUUACACGCUGUACAUAUGUGCUUUCCUCCUUGAAAUAAAAUGUGUGGUCAAUUCAUUUUCAUUCAGAUAGCACAGUAAAUAUACUCUCUUCAAAAUGUAUAUGGAAAUAUCGUUCGCAUAGUACUAAGAAGUAUUUGAAAGUGGUUGAACUCUUUGAAUUGAAGGUGAAUUGACCUGUUUUUGUCUUCACAUCGAUGCUUUCUUCCCAAACGAAGGAAAUCUAGGUCCAUCACUAACGACGCUCCCUUUGCAAGAAACAAAAAAGUAUCUGCUUGGGAUAAGACAGUCACCACAACAUCCUUGUGGUGGAUAUGUACAUAACAGAGUUUUAUUUAAUGUUUUAUUUUACAUCACUAUCUUCUGUGGGCCACUGUGUGCUCCGUGUGUCCUUGAGCAAGGCACUUAACCCCAAAAUUGCUCCCGUAGUAUGUAUGAGUGUUAGAUAGUCUGAUAGGCCAAUCAGUGUGUGAAUGGGUGAAUGAUGACAAGUAGUGUGAAAGUGCUUUGAGUGGUCGAAAAGACAAAGAAAAGCGCUGUAUGGGAGCGCUCCAUUUUCACUCUUUGUUCUCUGUUGUUAAUCAUAUUGGUUUUCAUUUAAUGUGGCUUUAUUUUGUGUAAAGCACUUUAGCACAUUACUAUUCAGUUUAUUCAACUACUUUAUGUCUCUGAUGGUAAAACAAAUGUCAUGACUUCUGGUGUAACCCUGAUAAUAACAGUAGGCAGCCAGAGGUACAGAUAGUUGAGUUUGUACGACAGACAGGUUGUUGUUGAGCCUUAAAACUGAGAUGCUUGUUCUGCAAAUCGUCGGAAACGACCGUUCCAGUGACGGAUAUUAAGUGGACUUAACAAUCUUGGUUUAUGAAUCUGCAUGAUGCCUCAUCCAGUUGAGCCUCUGUAUUGUCUUCCUGUUUCUUAGGGAUCAGAAUGUCAUCCUGUUUUAUGUACAGCAGAUACUGUAUGUAAUACAAAUAAAAACAAUGACGUAAUAC